AUGAGUCUGGGCCAGCGCACCGCCUCGCUCACCAUCGACAUUGCGCGUCAGGACCUCCACGCUGCCGACCACAGCCAGCCGCGCAAGACCGACGGGCUCAUCCUGGCAGUUGCCUUUCUUGCGGCGCGCUGGAGGAACUGGCUGGUACUGGGUAUACUGGACGGAGAGCGGGCGAGUGUCGAGGCGCAGAGGCGCACGGAGGCGAGGGGAGAGAAGGAGAAGGACGGGAGACAUGUUUCCUUGCCGCCGACGCAGACAAAGGGCGUGGAGGACGUGGUUCGAGGGUGA